AUUAACCUUGAAUAGCGCUGACGAUUUGAAAUUUGUUACAAAUGUUCAAUGAGUUUCACAUACUUUCAAGCUUGUUUGAAACUGUUGUGUGUCUGCCAAUAAUAUUUCGAGGUCAGUCAAAAUAAAACUUCGACAAUCAUGGGUAUGGUACUUCCGGAAUUGUUUGCCAAAAGCUCGCAGGUGACGGCCGCGAUAUUGAGCAAAGCUAUGAACAAACACAAAGAUAUGAUAGUUUGGAGGAAAAAACCAUCGAUUCUAGAGUUUGGUUUCGCAGAUGGACACAGUUCUAAAGUGCACUUACGCCCUUUGAUCCCCCCAGAUUAUCACGAAUUCAUAGGAACUGAUAUAUCUCCAUCCAUGGUAGAAUAUGCGAAAAAGAACGUUUCCAUACCAAGAAGUAAAUUUUAUGAAUUAGAUAUCGCUACGAAAAAUUUACCGGAAAUGUUUUGCAAUAGAUUCGAUAAUGUGUUCAGUUUUUUAUCGAUGCAUAUGGUUCUCGAUCCUAGGCAGGGCUUCACCAACGUAUUCAAGAUGUUAAAAGAAGGUGGACAGACAUUCCAUAUAUUUUUCGAGAAGAUUCCUUCCGAUGGUAUAUUCGAAACGCUGAGUAAACAUCCGAAGUGGGGAAAAUACGGCCAAGAGAAAAUGUUAUCUGCAUAUUACGAUAAGGCUAAUCCUAGGGAAUUUUAUGAGAAUGAUUUGAGAGCGGCCGGUUUUAAAGACAUCAAAUUCGAAGUAGACAGAAAUCUAGCUCACGAAUAUGAAUCUGCGCAGGAACUCAGAGAUUUAUCCAUAUCUAUCAAUAAAUCCAUAGCUUAUGUACCUGAAGAAGAGCUGGAGGAAUAUAAAGAAAAGUAUAUGCAAGAAGUGUAUGAUCAAUGUGUUGCGCGUACACCUGAUAAUAAAAUAAUUGAACCUCUCACUGUUAAGUUCACUUUAUACACGGUUUGUGCACAAAAACAUUGAGGAAAUAAUGUACAAAUAACUUUUUAAUAAAGAAUUUUUUUGAAUAAUGC